AUGCGUCUGUUUACACCUACCUGGGCGAGAAGGGUAUACAAACCCACCAUUAUCUGUCGUCUAGCAUUGAUCGGCUCUGUUUGCCAGCUUCGGCCAGCUUUUUCCCUGUUUUCUGCCGCCCAUGCCCAUCACACUAGCACAGGUCCCAAAGCUUCACUUGACAAUCUUCCCAAAAAAGCUGGAGCCUCCAUGCUCGCCGACGUACAGCAAUUGUUUGAACGCCUACCCACGUCUGUAAGGUGGUCAGAAAGGGAACCGGACCCGAAGUUCGGCGAUGACCUAGAUCCAUCUGAUCCUUUGAUGCCCUACUUGGAGACAUUGUUGAUCGUUGACCGCUUAAUCCCCCCGAAAACUCUUAUGCAUUUCUUUGAAUUUGCCGGUCGUGGAACGCUGCCCAAUGGCAAAAAAACUAAGUUACCUGUCGUUUCCUCCGACGAAAUAGAAUUAAUAGUCUCCCCUUACAAUGAAUGGGCCCUUCCGCCCCAUAACAAAAUCACAUCCCCUGCCGACCAAAAGUUGAUGACCAGGCUCGGUUCAGAUGAAGACGCAGGACGCCUCACUAUAGUAGAGAAGCCUGUGCAUGCAAUGAAGAUCAGGUUAUGGGAAGGAAUUGCCCCCAUAUCGGAACACCAAUGGCGACAAAAAAGGCUGGAUAAAGCGGAAAACUUCGACUAUGCGUGCCAAUAUAUCGAAACUGUCAUUUCCACCUUUGAUUAUCUCAAUGUACCUCUACAUGUUUCGCACAUGCGGGAAACCUUCAAUUAUAUGUAUGAGCACCUGUCAGAGUUUGACGAGGCGUUGAAUAACAUCCGUCGACGGGAUGGAAAGGAGCCAAAUGUUGACAUGGCCGGGUUGUGGGCAGAUUUUAUCCGUGCUAAAUACCAAGUCAUGACAGACCGUGCAUACAGCUGGACCAUAUCUCACAUCGAUGCCUUGCGAGAGCCUCUGCUAAAUGAAAUCAAAGCUGGUGGGCCUUUAUUAGACGACAAAAUAAGCCCAGAGCAGUUGGCUCUAGUAGAGAAACUGCGUACACUCUCUGGACUUGUUGCGGAGGCGGAAUAUACCAUCUAUCUGUCAACGGAUGGAUAUAAGGGGGGCUCUGACCUGUCACCAGAAGAAGAACCGAAUGACAGGCAGAGCCCUAUGUUGGAGAAACGGCGUACGGCAUAUGUUCAAUCGUUUGCAUAUUUCCAACACAUUGAAAAAUUAAAGGAGGAGAUGAUAGCAGACCUGCAACCGAGUCCCGAAGAAACACCUACAACCGAAAACGGUUUGCUCAAGACCAUUGAGACUCAAAUCCGGAUACAAAAAAAUAUUCAAGCUCGAAGGGAUCCGGUGCCAGAACCCAGUGCACCAGUAGCAUGGAUCUCUGAUAUCACAAGUCGUAUACGAGAUCUUAAGGAAUCAGGACAACCACCGAUGACAGAUAUCGGGUAUGCCAUUUACAGGCUCAGCUACGGUCGAAACGCAGACGAUAAAAGUGAAUGGGACGAGCUAAAGAAGACCAUAGAGCAAGACCUAGCCUCCUGGGGUGACGGCAUCAAUGGUGUCGAGGACAUUAAGCCAUUCCUAAAGGUGAAAUGGUUUGAUGGGCGGGAGCUUGGGCUUGCGGAAGAUGAUAUCGAUGGUGCAAAGAGUCACUUCACCACGUACCUCGACACCAUUACCCCGUCAAAUGGUAUCUACCAAGACGCAAUCCUCAUCCUGGACUCCGCCAGCUUGGCAUCGUACUCCAAGCCCACCACCGACGAUAUCGAUGACAGUGAAGACCACCACCUCCUGGUCGUCGACCCCAAGUACGACCCGGAUGAGGGCAUCGAGCGGCCUGAAGAAUCCCCCGGCUAUGCCGGUUCCAUGCGCAUCCUGACACGACUAGUAUGGAGUGAGCUAUUCGCACUGACGUAUAAUAAUGUAAUGUGGUUGGAGGAUAUGUGGCCGUUGGCCAUGGGGCAUCCGGAGCAGGUGUAUGUGGGGCAGACGGCCCCUAAAUUGCUAAGCCGAUGGGCGGAAGCCAGGAUAGCUGGCGAUAGCGCGUUGAAGGCGCGUUUUGAAACGGAGUGUAAGCAGAGAGGGGAAGAAGAGGUGGCUGCGUGGAACAAAAGGAGGAGAGAGAAGGAGUUGUGA